UCUCUCACUUGGCGUCCGGACUGGGGCUGACCAGCCGCGGAGCCACUUAGUGUUUCCUCCUCCCCCUAGCCUGGGUCUAUCCUCCCUCCGCCGUCUCCUCUUUCUCGGCCUGUGUCCCCGGGGGGCCGAGUGUGGGAAGAACGAAUUUCCGCCGGGUUUGCUAGCUCCUGGCCGACUUGGGUCCCUUCCGGACGCAGCCCGCGCGGUCCCCAGGCUUCCCACCCGGGCUGCGCUCCGAGCCGGGACUGCGAAUGAGGAGGCGCCGGCUGCGGGGGCCUAGUGACCCCGGCUGGGCAGUCAAGCCGCACCCCAAGGAGCUCUUGGAAGGGAUUCCGCUUGCAGUUGGGGAAUCCGCUCGGCGGGGAGAAUCCGCGCCAGGGAAUCCAGCUCUCCGGACUCUGCUGCAAACAAAAAGCACCCGGUCUAGCUCCCUCCUCCCGCCCCCGACGCGCACCCAAAGAAACUGUUUUCUUCAGAAAUGCAACAAGUAGCACCCGCGGAUCCCCGAGCGCCCCACGCCUCCUGACUUGGCCGCGCGAAGCCAGCCCGCAGAGUCCCGGGCCAGCCACCCGGACAAAGGGCGGAGGAGGGGCUGGACGCAGCAGAGAAGUCCGAAAGAGGCCGUGUAGCGACUCUGGCUAGGCCGAGGGGAAUGCAGAGACACGGAGCCGGCUGGCCAACAGGACAGUCGGGCCGCUGCACAUUGGGCUGGCGGCGAUGGAGGCUGUCCGCACCGUGCGCUUCCUGCUCGUGCUGUGCGGAUGCCUGGCGUUCCUGCAGCGGGCCCAGCCCCUGUGCCCCGAGCGCUGUGACUGCCAGCACCCCCAGCACCUCCUGUGUACCAACAGGGGGCUCCGUGCGGUGCCCAAGACCAGCUCGCUGCCCAGUCCCCAGGACGUGUUUACCUACAGCCUGGGCGGCAACUUCAUAAGUAACAUCACCGCCUUCGACUUCCACCGCCUGGGGCAGCUCAGACGGCUGGACCUGCAAUACAACCAGAUCCGCUCUCUCCACCCCAAGACCUUCGAGAAGCUCUCGCGGCUGGAGGAGCUCUACCUGGGGAACAACCUCUUACAGGCGCUAGCUCCGGGCACGUUGGCCCCGCUGCGCAAGCUGCGCAUCCUUUACGCAAAUGGGAAUGAGAUCGGCCGCCUGAGCCGCGGCUCCUUCGAGGGCCUGGAGAGUCUAGUCAAGCUCCGGCUGGAUGGGAACGCCCUGGGGGCGCUGCCGGACGCAGUCUUCGCUCCCCUGGGUAACCUGCUUUACCUACAUCUGGAGUCUAACCGGAUUCGUUUUUUGGGCAAAAAUGCCUUCGCCCAGCUGGGCAAGCUGCGCUUCCUCAACCUCUCUGCCAACGAGCUGCAGCCUUCCCUGCGCCAUGCGGCCACCUUCGCCCCACUUCGCUCCCUGUCCACUCUCAUCCUGUCCUCCAACAGCCUACAGCAUCUCGGCCCCCGCAUCUUCCAGCACCUGCCGCGCCUCGGCCUGCUUUCGCUCAGGGGCAACCAGCUCACGCACCUCGCGCCGGAGGCCUUUUGGGGGUUGGAGGCCCUGCGCGAGCUGCAUCUGGAAGGGAACCGGCUGAGCCAGCUUCCCCUGGCGCUGCUGGAACCUCUGCACAGCUUGGAGGCACUGGAUUUGAGUGGCAAUGAGUUGUCUGCUCUGCACCCGGCCACUUUUGGCCGCCUGGGCCGGCUACGGGAGCUUAGCCUGCGCGACAACGCGCUCAGUGCCCUUUCUGGAGACAUCUUCGCCGCCAGCCCGGCUCUUUACCGGCUGGAUCUAGACGGCAACGGCUGGACUUGUGACUGCCGACUGCGGGGUCUGAAGCGCUGGAUGGGCGACUGGCAUUCUCAAGGCCGCCUCCUGACAGUCUUCCUGCAGUGUCGCCAUCCGCCGGCCCUGAAGGGCAAAUACCUGGAUUACCUGGACGACCAACAACUGCAGAAUGGGUCUUGCGCAGAUCCCUCACCUUCCCCCACCGCGGGCAGCAGGCAGUGGUCCCUAUCCACUGCUGCCGGGGAGGAAAUGACGCCCCCUGCAGGAGGACUCGCAGAGGAGCUGCCACCGCAGUCCCAGCCCCAGCAGCGGGGGCGAUUUCUACCACGAGUGCUCUGGGAUGGAGCUGCCAAGGAGCUCUUGGGCAACCGCACUGCAUUGAGAUUGAGCCACCGGGGUCCAGGCCUGCAGCGUCAGGGCCCCUCUGCCACUACUGCCUUGGACCCUGUGCCUCAGCCCUUGGACCUGCAUGAGAAGCCGGGUCCGGGACGUCCGACCCAAGCGGAGCCCACUCCGACGACUCAGCCUGCCUCUGCCCCACCAUCUGCCAGAGAGGCCUGGCAGCGCACAGCAAAGCAGCGCCUAGCCUUGGAGCAGCAGGAACGCGCAGCUCAGUCCGACGGCGGGGUCGGCUUGCCGCCGCUGGUAUCUGAUCCUUGUGACUUCAACAAGUUUAUCCUGUGCAACCUGACGGUGGAGAUGGUGGGCACCGACAGAGCCUCGGUGCGCUGGGCGGUUCGCCAGCACCGCAGUCCCAGGCCGCUGGGCGGCGCGCGCUUCCGCCUGCUCUUCGACCGCUUUGGCCAGCAGCCCAAGUUCCACAGGUUCGUCUACUUGCCUGAGCGCAGUGACUCCGCCACGCUGCACGAGCUGCGCGGGGACACCCCCUACCUGGUGUGCGUGGAGGGUGUGCUCGGGGGCCGAGUCUGCCCUGUGGCCCCCCGGGACCACUGCGCAGGGUUGGUCACCCUGCCAGAGACAGGAAGUCGAGGCACUGUUGACUACCAGCUGCUGACCUUGAUCUUGUUGGCAGUCAACGGGUUGCUGGUGCUCCUGGCGCUGGCGGCCUGGGGAUCCAGGUGGCUGCGGAGGAAGCUGCGUGCCAGGCGGAAAGGUGGGGCCCCGGUCCACGUCCGCCACAUGUAUUCCACCCGACGGCCACUGCGCUCCAUGGGCACUGGAGUUUCUGCCGACUUCUCCGGCUUCCAGUCUCACCGACCUCGCGCCACCGUGUGUGCCCUCAGUGAGGCAGACCUCAUUGAAUUUCCUUGUGACCGCUUCAUGGACAGCACCGGGGGUGGGGCGGGUGGCAGCUUGAGACGGGAGGACCACCUCUUGCAAAGAUUUACCGACUAGGCCCAGUGCUUUCAGGGGUGUGGAGACGAUCUCUGGCUUUGAGGAACCACUCUUUGUGAACCCCCAGCCCAUUUCAGAGGAAUACCCUGCUUUAUCAGACCUCCUACUUUCAUCCUUUUGUGCAUUUGUCAGGGGCCAAGAGCUACUGAAAACAAAUCAGGGUAUUACCCUCCACUUCCCUGUAUUCACUCACAAAGCAAAUGGAUGGCUCUUGGUGAUCAGCCAAGAAUAAGGACAAAUGUAUGAUGUGGUAGGGGUGGGAUGCCUUAGCACAGCUGGGGCAAGGCUUCUGUGGAUUGCAGUGCAGUAGCCUGGUCUCCUUUGGGCUAAGAGCCGGUGCAUUAUGCUCCCAACAGGACCUGCAAGACUCCAGUGCAUGCUUUGUUUGCUCAAUGUCAAACAGGGGUAUUCUGGGUCUAUUUGAGGAGAAAGGGACCUAUCACUAUUACAAAGGAGGACUUGCAACUGAUCUCAUUGUUGUGGUGUUCUAUGCCAAGAUGGGUAGGGUAAACAGGUGGUACCACUUGAGUCAAGGAACUCUUUGGGGAUCCUAAGGUUAAAUAAUGAGACUUUUUUUUUUUUUAACAAUGUGAAGACCUCUGACCUUUAAUAACUGACCAAUAAACUCAAAGACUAUUUUAAUUGAACUGGAACCAUUCCGUUGUUUAACAUGUACAGGAGAUGAUGAACUUUUGCCGACUUUGAGGGUAACUAAGAUUAGAGUCUCAGGAGAAGGCCGCAUGCAAGAUUCUCUGUCAAGUUUGCUCCUGUGGUUUUAAUUUUAUUUUUAAAUCUAUCUAUGGAAAAGGACAUUUCAAUGCCAUUUUGAAAAGAAUUCAAUACCUUUAUAACUGAUGACCCAUAAGGAAUUCCAGCCUUCCAGCUCACUCAUCAUAUCUCUGACAAACUGUGUAGAUGCGUAUAAAUGUGGUGAAUGUCUCAUUGCAUUGUACUAGUGACAUGCAGUUAACUGCACCUACUUCUGAAUUGCACAGUUAAGCAAUAAAGGACAUUUCCUAUUAAGGAAGCGAAGAGUGACUGUCAGGACUGCAGACUUAGCUCAGUGGUAGAGCACUUGCUUAGCACGCAUGGGGCUCUGGGUCUACUUCCUGCACCCCCAAAACAAAUUAAGGGUGAUUUUCCAUUGAUAGUGUAAUUUUGGGCCACAUUGAUGUAUUUCUUUAUAAGAAAUAGUAGGUGGGAAGAAAUUGCAUUAAACAAAUGUGAAAAUAUUUCAUCAGGGGGUAUCUGUUUCUACUAAAACCAAGAGACUGUCAUAAAUGCUAAACCCUCACUGUGAAAUAAUUAUAUAUUUUUCAAAUUAAUUCCUCCAAUAUCCAGUGUUUUGCUGUUAUUAAAUCUUAUCUUUUAGUAGUAAUUACAAUAUUUUUUAAAUUUAGGCUUAGGUUUCUAUAUUUGUUCAGUUUUGUUUUUAGCUAUUUUGGAUAUGUUUACUCCCUGAUAUUUAUGAAGUCCGUGUUUAUCACUAAAUGUAGUGUUUGGGUUCACACUAAUAAUUUGUGUGUGGUCUAAUUGUAGUUACUAAGAGGGUGUACACUGUGGUUACAGUCACUGUAGUUAUGGAUUUAUUGUCAGUGGGGUGCUGUGAAGGCCAGCCAACCCAAUGGUACUAUGGCUAACAGUGACUCUUCUGUUUCAGGCCUCAAGCCCCAAGGGUCCCCAUGACUCAGGGAAUCAGUCACAGUCCAGGGCCCUUACUCCUUUAAUAUUUGGCCUAAAUGAAGCCAUGCCUGCCCUUGUCCCAGCAGCUGAGUAGGAACCCAGGCAACUAAAUGAGUUGAUCUUUGUUUAUGUCCAGAUGAGUAAAUGUUCAGACCACUUGAACUACAGCUGCUUUUCUGGCAGUCUUAUCUGCAGGCCAAAACUUAAUAAACCACAGGAAAUAGACUGCCAUUCUUUGUUUACUGCCAGGUCUUGUUUUAGAUUCAGAGCAUAUGGGCACAUGGGAGUCGUGGAGCUGUUCACUCUUAUUUUCAACUUGCAGGCUCUCUGGCACCUUUUGUAUUCCUGGUGUUUUUCAUGCAUAACACCAUCGCACCUCUUAGCUAUUUCUUUUAUACGGUAGUAAUAUUGUGUCCCAAUGAAAGUCUGGAAAAGACCUCAGAAAAUCACCUAUAUUGAAUGCCUGGUCUUAAAACAGUUUCACUGAAGUCUUUCGGUGAGAAAUGAAUAAAUGUUAUACAUUGUUACGUCAAAUUAUGUCAAUAAACCCAAUUACUAAUAGA